AUGUCGAAAUAUUCCAAGUACCAAAAUCCUUGUGGCUGUUGGUAUCCUAUCCGUAUCGAGAACAACAACAACCAUUCGGUGGAGAGGCGAUACCUUCCUCAAGUUCAACUGUCGUCAUCGACAGACAUUCUGACAGUCACCUCACGCACAACGCUCAAGCAGACCUUCUUCAAUCCAGAGGACAAGAAGCUCGAAGAGGUCCACUACACCUUCCCACUUUACGAUGGAGUCAGCAUUGCACAUUUCACCUGCACUAUUGGUGCAAAGACUAUCGUCGGCGUGGUGAAAGAAAAGCAGCAGGCCAAGGCUGAGUAUCAAGAAGCCGUUGCCCGAGGGGAAACAGCUGGACUCCUCGAACAACUCUCAGAAGCAUCCGACGUCUUCACCACCUCGCUUGGAAACAUCCCACCCAUGGAGAAAGUGCUCGUCGAGAUUGUCUACCUUGGUGAACUUAAAUAUGAUGCAGAAAUGGACGGGUCACGGUUCACCAUACCCACAAGUAUAGCUCCGCGCUACGGCACUCAAAAUGCAGACACGCUCAACCGAUUCAAUGCCAUCAGCAGGGGCGGUAUCUCAAUAACGGUCAACGUGAGGCUCGAAGAAGGCUCGAUCAUUCGUGGCAUCCAGUCACCGAGUCAUCCCAUCGCAGUGACAAUGGGCCGAACCGUCGAUACGAACGAGGAUGACUUCGACAACAAAAACGCAUCAGCGACAUUGACCCUCGGCUCGACUGAACUCGAUAAAGACUUUAUUGUUGUUGUCCUAGCCAAAGGCGUCGACACACCUCGUGCCCUGUUAGAAACCCAUCCCACAAUCCCGAAUCAACGAGCAAUCAUGACAACACUGGUACCAAAAUUCAAUAUUCCCAACAUUUCCCCAGAAAUCGUCUUCGUUGUCGAUCGAAGUGGGAGUAUGAACGGCAAGAUCCCCAUGGUAGUCGCUGCCAUGAGUGUGUUUCUGAAGUCGUUGCCCGUGGGGGUCAAGUUCAAUAUCUGCUCCUUUGGUUCGCACCAUUCGUUCUUGUUCAAAAGGAGCCAGACAUACGACCAGUCCAGUUUAAACGAGGCCCAGAAACACCUUGAGAAUUUUGAUGCAAAUUACGGUGGGACGGAGGUGCUUCAGCCCAUCAAAGCCUCCGUCGAAAACCGCUACAAUGAUCUUCCGCUCGAGGUCAUGCUCCUGACCGAUGGUCAAGUCUGGAAUCAGCAAGAACUAUUCGACUUCGUGGGCGAAACGGAAAAUGCCCGGUUCUUCACAUUAGGCGUUGGUGAUGGUGCUUCAUCCGCCCUGGUUGAAGGCAUCGCUCGUGCAGGCCAUGGGUUUUCUCAAUUUGUUGGUGAGAACGAGAAGAUCGAUAAGCGAGUCGUCCGAAUGCUGAAGGCUGCACUGACUCCUCAUAUCUCCGAUUAUACCCUCACAGUUCAGUACGACAAAGAGUCGGUUUCACUCGAGGAGGACUUCGAAAUGGUCGAGGCCACUGAGAGUGCCGGCAAGUCCGUAGUCACCCACCUCAAGAAGCCUGCGGCCAAAAAGGUAAUAUCACUCUUCAACGCUGAGACCACGGAGGAACCGACGAAUCCGCCAGCAGGUCGUUACGACCAUCUCCCCGAUAUUCCUAUUCCCAAGGCCCUGCAGGCACCACACAGGAUUCCGGCUUUGUUUCCGUUUAGUCGUACCACAGUUUACCUCGUUCUGGGACGAGAGGGCCCUCAGAGUGUUCCACGGCUCGUCACACUCAAGGCCACCAGCAGCCAUGGACCUUUGGAAUUGGCGAUACCUGUUCAGGAUGUCGGUACUGGCCAGACUAUCCACCAACUCGCCGCGAAGAAGGCCAUGCAUGAGCUCGAACAAGGUCGAGGCUGGAUUCAUGAGGCUCGCGACGCUCAACAUCAACUUAUCAAAACAGCUCAGGAGGGCAAGUGGGAUCUCAUCGUUGAACGUGAAGCCGUCAGACUGGGCGUCCAAUUCCAAAUUGCUGGGAGGUGGUGCUCCUUUAUGGCAGUUGAAAAGGAAGGCGGGAACGAAAUUGCUGCUCCCCCUCCUGAUUUGGAACCGUCUGCUGACUUUCCUGGCACAGGUAGCGAGGCGAAAAAGCGUCGCAGAUAUCCACAGCAGGCUCAGUCCUUUCACUCUGCUCCGGUUCGUCGGCAACUAGCGAGCCAGCCUACUCAGCAGAUGAUGAGUCCGCCGCUUGGAGCACCUGGCAGCGUGAGUCGGUGCAGAAAGAGGACUGCCGGGUAUGCAUGCCGAAGCUCUGGUGCUGCUCACGCAGGUGCGGAUAAGUCGUUGCCUUGGGAGGAGGCCGAGGUCAAACCGAUGAAGCUCGACACAAUGGGCAACUAUGUCUCUGUGCUCUCAGACCCGGAGAAAAUGCACAAGGUGAUAGCGCUGCAGGCAUUCGAUGGGUCAUGGAAUAUGUCCGACGAGCUUUUCGAGCUACUCGGUGUUCAUGAGGGCCAGAUGAGAGGCAGUAGUGCGGAUGAUGUGGCCAACGCCACAGCUCUGGCCAUUGCUUGGUUGAAGAACAGAGUCGCCGCUGAGGAGGACGUUUGGGUGAUGGUUGUGGAGAAGGCCACUGGCUGGCUGGAAGGAAAACUUGGAUCGGAGGAAGCGAAGAUGGCCAUUGAUGAAGCUGUGGGGCUCCUUUGAAUGCAUUGUUCAUGAGUACAAAUGCAGGCCCAAGAUGUGCAAUGGAACUGUAUGUAUAUACGAUUGACGGGAGCCUUGGCCAUGGUGAUCUUGGAUGGUUGUAUCCUUCGACUCGUGGAACCGUAUGUCUUAUGCUCUCGGGACUUGCUCCAACAAGCGUGGAA